GUCAAUUCAACGGUUUUCUUUUGUUAAAAUCAACAACAAUCGCAAUUAUUCAUCUCCAUCAUUAUUUUCGCGCGCUAUCGACGUAAACGGACGUUAAAGAUUGUUAUAUAGUUUUUGAUCAAGAUUUAUAUCAAAAUUACUUCUGUUAUUUAACUUAUUCAAUUUAUUAUUAUGUUUUCCAAAGCAAAGAGGUUUGAAGUUGUCGCGCCCGGUAAAAAUAACCCUAAUGGAACCAUUGGACCGAAGAAACCAGAAAGCGAACCACAGAAAUCUAAAAUCAAAGUUCCUCCAGCACCAGCUACAACCAAAGCCAGGGUGAAGCCAGCAGCAACGCCUGCCAAACCCAAUAGCGAUGCCCAGUCUCAGUGCAGUUCCAAUAAAAGUGUAAAAUCUUUUGUUACUCCAAGAUCUGUUAAAAUACCGACCAAAGCACCAUCCAGCUUGAAGAAAACUCUACCGGUGCCAUCAAAAGACAAGAAAAAUCAAAUCUGUACACAAAGUGAUAUUGUAAAAGAUCAGGAAGUGGAAAUACGCAAUAAAGACUUCACCAUUGCAGAAUACCAUAAGCAAAUUGAGGAAUUAAAAACAGAAAUUGCAGGUUUGCAAAGUAAAUUGAAAGAGUCAUUGAAAUCCAACGAAUUUGGUCAUCUUAAUAAGCAGCUGUCUGAGAUAUCAUUAGAUGACAACAAUGUAAGAGAUAAUGACGAAAAUUCUAUACACAAUUUGCAGUUGAAAAUAUCAGAGCUUGAGCAACAUUGUGAAAAGCUUGAGCAGGAAGUAAGUGGCAAACAAGUAGAGCUAACAUCUCUUGAAGAAAUCAUUAUAAUUAGGGACAGUCUAUGCAAGGAUUUACAGGAAAAAUUAACUAACAUGGAAACUUCCCUGGAAGAAACCAGACAGAGGCUAGAAAUGGUUAAGGGGCAUCAUGCUCUGGCGCUAGAGGCAAAUGAAAGUAUCAGACGCGAAUACAAGGCUGAGCUUGAAACCAUGAAGACUAAAUUUGACGAUGAAAAAUUGGUCAUCAUCACAAAAUCUAAGGCAGAUCAAGAAAAUGUGAAAAUUAAAUAUAAUUCUCUGAUGGAAUCUCUAAAGAACCAAUUAUUAAAGGAAAAGAACGACGCAGUUAACCAACUUCAAGAACAACUAGCAACCAAAGAUCUAGAAAUGAAAGCCAAAUUGGAACAGAUUGAUGAAGCCACACAUGAGAAGUUGAGGCUUUGUGAAAUCCAGUUUGAAGAAAGGAGCCGACAGAUCCAGGAGCACUGGAAUCAGCAACAAAAACAACUUCAAUACCUCGAAAAUGAAACCAAAGACUUAAAGUACUCUUUAAAUGUAACUGAAGAACAAAAUACAAAACUGCAAAAAGAAAUCAAUGCUUUAAAAAAUGAAAUUGAUGUAAUGAAGACUGAAAAAAGUAAUCUUAUUAAAGAAACUGAAGAACUUAAGGAAGAAUCUAAAAAGAAGCUUAUAGAUUUCGAGAAUGAAAUUAACAAAUUAACUGUUGAAGUGGAUAAAGCCAUUAAGGAGAAGAACAAGUUUGAAAUGUCAUUGUCUGUUACAAGGGAUAUUGUUCAAGUUUUGACCAUGAGAUUGAGGGAGUCUGACAAUGAGCUGGAACAUUUGGAAAACAAAGUACAGACUUUAACUAAUUCCAAACAAGUCCUUGAAGAUGAACUCACUACUUACAAAAACUCUUUAAACAACACGCUUAUGGAAUGUAAUGAGUAUAAAGAAGCUUUGGUUAACAUAUUGAAAUCGAAAGCAGCAUUGGCUAAGGAACACACUCGAAUAAUGGAGCACAAUGUUUCUCUCAUAGAAAGUUUGCAAAAUGUGGAAAAGGAGGCGUAUCGUGAAUUAGGUUCUAUCAAAAAUGAGCUCAUUGAGGAUGUAGAGUUGUUAAAGAAAGAAUCUAAUUCUCAGAUUCAAAUGCUUCGUGAAGAGGUGGAGAAGAAACGCAUGUUGUGCGAGUUGGCAACAGAGCACGCGGGCCAAGCGACGGUGGCCGCUGAACAGUCUCGCGCGCUGUUGUCGCAAGCUGCCUCCGAGAUAGCUCGCCUUGAAACUGAAAACCAACGCCUUCAACAACAGAUCCAAGAUCAACAGUCGCUGGUGGUCGAAUUAUCUCUUCUUCGCCAAGAGAAUGAGGAGUUAACGAUGACUCUCGCGAAGCAGUCGUCAAUUGUGGACAAAAUGAAGAAGGAUGCUGAACAAAUACAAACGAAUCCAAAAUCGCCCUCUCUCAUGCGCAAGUCUUACAAAACUGGGAAAGAGAACUUACAUGUGACUGUGUCCCCUUUACGAGAGCGCAAUCACUAAUACAAUAAUAUCCUUCUGUGCUGUGUGGGUUGUGAGGUAGAAUACCAACCUCACCAACCCUCUUCUCAGGGUUGUUAUUGAUACAAUAAUGACUGCCUACAAUUUGUGCCUGUACUCAAUUUACUAUUAGUAAUAUAUUUCGCUCUUUACAAUGUUGACAAAAAUUAUGUUCGUUCGCAGCUUCGUUUUAGAUGUAUAAUAUUUUGUUUAUGAUUUGUUUCUAUUCUGGCUGCCUCGUUUAUUUAUUAUCCAAAAAUGUAUUUUAAUUUAUUGCAAGUGUAUGUGUACACAUUAAAGUCUUGUGAUGAAUAA